AUGGGUAUCGUCGACGCGAAGAACAAGGUCCCCGACCUCCAGAAGUUCUACCAGGCCGCCUACAAGGACCACACCCGUGUCUGGAAGAUUAACCCUCGCUCCCGCUGGUACAUGAUCCCCUACGUUACCCUUCUGUGGGGAUCUCUUGGUGUCUCCUUCUACGGCAUGGGCCGCAAGGUCCUCGGCUACAAUACUUACUUCGGCAAGGAAUAG